AUGGUAUUGGCAGAUGAAUUUGAUGUUACUUCUAAUCCUGGUGCACAGAUGAAAAUAUUCAAGCAGAAACUGGCAGAAGUACGUGCUUCACCACCAUGGAUGAAAGCAGCGGUAAAAGAAGCUGCUGGAUGGAAUCCGUACUCAUUUGAAGGAGGAAGUACGGCAGCGAUUGCUGGAGAUAAUUUUGCAAUAAUGGCAAGUGAUACACGUAUGUCACAAUAUGAAAUGAAUGUUUUAACUCGGGAUGCAGAGAAAAUUCACAUCUUAAACGAUUCAAUUGUUCUUUCUUGUGCUGGAUUUUAUGGAGAUAUUUUACAACUUAAACGGCUGUUAGAGGCUCGUUUGCAUAAGUACCGGUUCGAUUAUCGUGGUGAUAUGACGGUAGAUCUAUGUGCUGAAUUACUUUCUCGAAAUUUGUAUUAUCGGCGCUUUUUCCCCUACUAUACAGGUGCGAUAUUAUCUGGCAUCGAUGAGAAUGGUAAGGGAGCAGUGUUUAGUUAUGAUCCUAUUGGAUGUAUUGAGCAUAUUGCAUAUGCUGCUUCUGGUACUGCAGAACCAAUGAUAAUGCCCUUCUUCGAUUGUCAGAUCGGUUUGGUGACGAUGUCUGGCGAUGUAGAAAAGCCAAAACUAUCAAUAGAACGAGCUACAGCACUUAUGAAGGAUGCUUUUCGUGUUGCCGCAGAGCGUGAAGUCGGUACUGGAGAUAAAAUACAUUUAGUAAUUGCUGAAGCUGGCAAACCAAUUCGCACAGUUUAUUUGCCUCUUCGUGAAGACUGA